GAGGAAUUACAAUUCUCCAAUACAAUAGUGUCUAGUGAUUUCCCUCUUUCUCUCUCCCUCCCUCUUAAUUUCUCUAUAAGCAUAAAAUAGUAAGAGAAUGAAAGCCACACUGAAAUACUUGGCCGGAAUAAAUGGGCCAAGCGGGUACGGGUCAAGAACCACCGCCUCCCAAGUCUCUCAAGAUUUCUCAUCUCUUUUCCUCCCUCUUCCUCCUCCACCCCUCACUGCAAUUAUCACCGGAGCGACGUCGGGGAUCGGAGCGGAGACGGCGAGGGCGUUGGCGGAGAGCGGCGUUCGGGUAAUAAUUCCGGCGAGAGACAUGAAGAAGGCGGCGGAGGUGAAGGAGGAAAUAGAGAAGAAGUCUCCCGGAGCGGAUGUAGUCUUAUUAGAGAUUGAUCUCAGCUCUUUAGCUUCUAUUCGGAGGUUUUGUGCUCACUUCUUGUCCUUGGGGAUGCCACUAAACAUACUCAUAAAUAAUGCCGGGAGGUUUUCGCCCAACUUGGAGUUUUCUGAAGAAAAACACGAGCUCACUUUUGCCACUAAUUAUUUGGGUCAUUUUCUAUUGACAGAAAUGCUAUUGGAGAAAAUGAUAAAGAGUGCAGUAGAAAGUGGGAUUGAAGGAAGAAUUAUAAAUGUCACUUCUGUGGCACACAAUUGGGUUCAACCUCACCAUUUUUGCUUCUCCCAACUCCUAAACCCUAAAGAGGGGAGAACAGCCACUGGAGGCCGGAAUCCUCCCAUCACUACGGGGGAAGCUGAGGCCCUCAUCCAGAGGGUUGGGAUCACAGCCGAGCAAUUCAAGGAGGUCUUGGCUGCACUCACACCCAAUCGCGAGAUUGUGGUAGAAGAUGUAGUUGGGGGACCCACAGGCGGGAAGGCCGGACCUGCGGGCUCCCAAGGGAAAAAGAAGAAAGUGAGGCGGUCCAAGAAGAAGAAGGCGACCAAGCCCAAUGGGAAGGCGGUGAUGGCGGACGCGCUUUCCAGGCUGGACGAAGAGGACGAGUCGUCCUCCUUCGAGCGGAUGUCAGCUUUUGACCGUUUGGGGGAUCCCAAACCAAAGAAACUUCGGACCUCUGCGUUCGAACGGUUGCAAGACACUCGGUCGGCCCGAAAGGGCGACUUGAGGGACACGCUCAAGGAAAAAAGAGGGGAAUCCACAGCGACUUCCAAGAUUGGUCCUGAGGAGCGACGGACGGUGGUCGGGGACAAGGGCGCGGCCGAGCUGUGGAAAAUGUACGAACAACUGGAGAAGCGGCUGGAUGCCCAGAACCCCUAUCGCUAGGCGGUCUUCAGUGAGGUAACGCCCUUCUCUAGGAGGAUAAUGUCUUGUCCUCUCCCGGAUAAUUUCAAAACUCCCCAAAUCAAGGCGUACAACGGGA